AUGGAGAACUUCCUGCGGUCCAAGGAGUAUUGGAGCCUGGUGGAAAUUGGGAUUCCUACAGCGGCAGAAGGAACGGAUCUCACUGAAGCACAGAAGAAAACAAUUGAUGAUCAAAAGCUGAAGGACUUGAAGUCGAAAAACUAUUUGUUCCAAGCCAUUGACCGAUCAAUUUUGGAGACAAUCUUGAAGAAGGAUUCUGCAAAAGAUAUUUGGGAUUCGUUGAAGCAAAAGUAUCAAGGCACAGCACAAGUUAAACGUGCACAAUUGCAACCUCUUCGCAAAGAGUUUGAGAUGCUUCACAUGAAGGAUGGAGAAUUAGUGAAUAAGUACUUUGGAAGAACUCUCAUCACAGCCAACAAGAUGAGAAUUCGUGGAGAAAGAAUGGAAGACGUGAUAAUCAUUGAAAAGAUCCUGCGAUCCAUGACUCCGAAGUAUGAUUAUGUUGUGUGCUCCAUUGAGGAGUCGAAGGAUUUGGAUUCUUUGUCCAUCGAUGAACUUCAAAGCAGCCUCUUGGUGCAUGAACAACGGAUAAGCCGACAUACUAUGGAUGAACAAACAUUGCAAGUCACUCACGAAAGAGGUGGAGGUCGCAAUGCUUACCGUGGAGAGGUAGAUGAAGGGGUAGGUUUGGUUACAAUAAAUCUACCAUAG